AGAUUGUAAUAUAAACUGACCUGUGAGCACAAUGUGACUCGGUGCAGGUUUCAGUAACAGGUUCUGUUCAGUCUGCUUCUUUCUAUUAUUGUGUGUGUGUGUGUGUGUGUGUGUGUGUGUGUGUGUGUUUAUAAGUCAUUUAAUGGGUGAAGUUCUUCAGUCGUCACCCAGGGAACAAAACUGAGCAUCUGCACCUCCGUUUCUCUCCGAACCCUUUUCCUUUUGUGACUCUUCCACAGUCCUCAGUGGCUCCUUUACUCGGGGAUUAAUUUCAGUGUCACUCUUGUACAUGUUUGCUUACAUACUCUACCCUGUAUUGAUGGUAACUGCUCUCCCUUUGCUCGCCUCUCCUCCAGGAUCUCGCUGAGCAGUACUGUAAGAAAGCACAAGGAGGGAGGGAAGACUGGAGACGAGGAUCAUCAUGAUGGCGGAAACAGGAGCAGGAGCUGAACACCCUUCAGUGUCAUUGCACAGCCUCCCAUGUGAAUCACACUAUUUUGGGGACACAGUGACCUCUUACUCUGAGGACUCAGCAGCACUCAUGGAUGUGUGUGUAAAAAGUGAGCCUGAAGAUGAGCACGUUUCACACCCUGAAUAUUGUACAGAGGUGCUGAGCUCAGUAAAGCAUCUGGAGUCUGACCAAAUUAAAAAAGAGAUCGUGAUGGUCAAAAUAAUGGCGGACAGCACUGAUGUACAGCUGUGCAGCACCACCGAGAUGCUGUGUCUUCCAUCGGAGGAGUUCACGUCUUCUACUUGUCCUUUACCCAAACAGUAUAAAUCAGAAACAAUAGAAGUAAACACACAGCAGCAGUGUCUGUUGCAGCAACCUUCUUGUAGAGAGAAGGACAUUAGUGAAGCUUCUCAUUAUGGCGUAAAGGAAGAGUGGACAGAUUUCCAGGUGGACGAACUGGGCGCUUUUCCAUGGCCGUUACCCGAACGGUGUAAGUCGGAGAUGGAAGAAGUUAAGAUAGAGCUGCAUUCUCAGUUAGGCGGAUCGUCCCCUUCAGAGGCGGCACUCGAUGCUGAUGAUGGUGGUGGUGAUGAUGAUGGUGAUGCCUACGAACCUUUAUGCCGUAUGCAGCGUGGAACGGGUUUCUCUCAAUCCUGUCACCUAGAAGAGCAGGAGCUAGUUUGCAGUGUGGAGAAACCAUACAAAUGUGAUGAAUGUGGAAGGAGUUUCUCCAGAGUAGACAACUUAAAACAGCAUCAGCUUGUUCAUUCUGGUGAGAAACUGUACAAAUGUAGUGAAUGUGGGAAGAGUUUUUCUCAUGCACGCACCUUAAAGCAGCACCAGGCCAUUCAUUCUGGUGAGAAACCGUAUAAAUGCAGUGAAUGUGGAAAGAGUUUUCCCAGGAGAGACAACUUGAAACUCCACCAGCUUAUCCAUUCUGGCGAGAAACAAUACAAAUGCAGUGAAUGCGGGAAGAGCUUUUACCAGGCAGCUUCCUUAAGGCAGCACCAGCUUCUUCAUUUUGGUGAGAAACUCUACAAAUGCAGUGACUGUGGAAACACUUAUUCUCAGAUGAGUCACUUGAAACACCAUCAGUUUAUUCAUUCGGAUGAGAAACCCUUUAAAUGUGUCGAAUGCGGGAAGAGUUUCUCUCGAUCUAGUCACUUGAAACUGCACGAGCGUGUUCAUUCCGGAGAGAAACCGUACUCGUGCGAUGAAUGCGGAAAGAGUUUUUCUCAGUCAAAUUACUUAAAACUCCAUCGGUUUGUUCACUCCGGCGAGAAACCGUAUGAAUGUAGUGAAUGUGGCAAGUGUUUUUCUCGAACUAGUAACUUGAAACGGCACCAGCUUAUUCAUUCUGGCGAGAAACCGUAUGAAUGUAGUGAAUGUGGCAAGUGUUUUUCUCGAACCAGUCACUUGAAACGGCACCAGGACCUUCACAGUGGCAAAAAACCAUACAAAUGUGAUGAAUGUGGAAGGAGUUUCUCCAGAGUAGACAACUUAAAACAGCAUCAGCUUGUUCAUUCUGGUGAGAAACUGUACAAAUGUAGUGAAUGUGGGAAGAGUUUUUCUCAUGCACGCACCUUAAAGCAGCACCAGGCCAUUCAUUCUGGUGAGAAACCGUAUAAAUGCAGUGAAUGUGGAAAGAGUUUUCCCAGGAGAGACAACUUGAAACUCCACCAGCUUAUCCAUUCUGGCGAGAAACAAUACAAAUGCAGUGAAUGCGGGAAGAGCUUUUACCAGGCAGCUUCCUUAAGGCAGCACCAGCUUCUUCAUUUUGGUGAGAAACUCUACAAAUGCAGUGACUGUGGAAACACUUAUUCUCAGAUGAGUCACUUGAAACACCAUCAGUUUAUUCAUUCGGAUGAGAAACCCUUUAAAUGUGUCGAAUGCGGGAAGAGUUUCUCUCGAUCUAGUCACUUGAAACUGCACGAGCGUGUUCAUUCCGGAGAGAAACCGUACUCGUGCGAUGAAUGCGGAAAGAGUUUUUCUCAAGCAGGUACCUUAAAACAGCACCAGCUCGUUCACUCCGGGGAGAAACCGUACAAGUGCGGUGAGUGCGGAAAGAGUUUUUCCAGAGGAGACAACUUAAAAGUGCAUCAGCUUGUUCACUCUGGUGAGAAACCAUAUGACUGUAGUCAGUGUGGGAAGAGCUUUUCCAGGCGAGAUCACUUGAAGCAGCACCAGCGGACUCAUUCUGGUGAGAAACCAUAUAAAUGUAGCAAGUGUGGGAAAACUUUUUCUCGGUCUAGUCACUUAAAACGGCACCAGCUUGUUCAUUCUGGCGCAAAACUAUAUACAUGUAGUCAAUGUGGAAAGACUUUUUCUAGAAGAGAUGGCCUAAAACGGCACCAGUUUUUUCACUCUGGUCUUAAACCACAUAAAUGUAACGAGUGUGGCAAGAAUUUUUCUCAGUCUUGUAACUUAAAACAGCACCAGAUUAUUCAUUCUGGUGAGAAACCAUUUAAAUGUAGUGAAUGUGGAAAAAGUUUUGCCCUUGGAGGCCACUUAAAACAGCACCAACUUGUUCAUUUUGGAGAGAAACCGUAUACCUGUAAUCAAUGUGGGAGGAGUUUUUCCAGAGGAAAUAACUUAAAACGGCACCAACUUAUUCAUUCUGAUGAGAAACCAUAUAACUGUAGUGAAUGUGGAAAAAGUUUUCCCAGAGAAGAUCGCUUUAAACAGCACCAACGUGUUCAUUCUGGCGAGAAGCCAUAUAUAUGUAGUGAAUGUGGAAAAAGGUUCUCCCGAGAAGAUCGAUUAAAACAGCAUCAGCUGGUUCAUUCUGGUGAAAAACCUUAUAUAUGUAAUGAAUGUGGGAAAAGUUUUUCCAGAGCUGAUCGCUUAAAACAACAUCGGUUUGUUCAUUCUGAAAAAAAGCCGUAUAAAUGUAGUCAGUGUGGUAAAAGUUUUUCCAAAGAAGGUAACUUAAAACAGCACCAGUUUAUUCAUUCUGGAGAGAAACCAUAUAAAUGUAGUGAAUGUGGAAAGGGUUUUUCCCAAGAAGGCAACUUAAAGCAGCACCAGCUUGUACAUACUGGUGAAAAACCAUAUAGGUGUAGUGAAUGUGGAAAGAGCUUUUCCCAGGAAGGAAACCUCAAACAGCAUCAGCUUGUUCAUUCUGGCGAAAAACCAUAUAAAUGUAGUCAGUGUGGAAAGAGUUUUUCCCAAGGAGGUCACUUAAAACAGCACCAGCUUGUUCAUUCUGGUGAGAAACCAUAUAAAUGUGGUGAAUGUGGAAAAAGUUUCUCCCAAACUAGUCACUUAAAACAGCAUCAGCUUGUUCAUUCUGGUGAGAAACCAUAUAAAUGUAACGAAUGCGGAAAGAAUUUUUCUCGAUCAAGUCACUUAAAACAGCACCAGCUUGUUCAUUCUGGUGAGAAGCCAUAUAAAUGUACCCAGUGUGGAAAAACUUUUUCCCGCGGAGGUACCUUAAAACUCCACCAGCUUGUUCAUUCUGGUGAGAAACCUUUUGAAUGUAAUGAAUGUGGAAAGAGCUUUUCCCAGAUAGGCCACUUAAAACAGCACCAGCGUGUUCAUUCGGGUGAGAAACCGUAUAAAUGUUGUGAAUGUGGAAGGAGUUUUUCUCGAGCUAGUCACUUAAAACAGCAUCAACUAAUUAAGUGUAUGAUAAACAGCAUACAUGUAGUCAAAGUGGAAUGAGUCUUCCAGUUUUUUUACUGGUUAAAUCACCCAUUCAUUCUUUGAAUUGAAUGCUUUUUCUUGUGAAAUUUAAAGGAACUUGUUCAUUAAAAGCAUAUAAAUGUAAUGAAAGAGGAAAGAUUUUUUUUCAUGAUGUUUGUUGAAACGCAGCCAGCUUAUUUAUUGUGAUGAGAAACCAUGUAAAUGUACUCAACAUGGAAAGAGUCUUGCUCUGUAGAAGUGUUUCAAAACACAUGGGAGAACACACUGAAGGACUUCUGUAUGAACCCCACAAGCUGACCCACGAAACCAACAUGGUGAAAUGACUACAUUUAAGAGAAAUGUUUACUACAUUGUUAAAUCAGUUAUACAGAGGAAACAUGCAGAUUUUAGUUGAAAUUCUGAUUUUAAUUCAAAUUCCUGGUACUCAUGAGAAGGUUUGAACUACUACCCUGGAACCCAGAUACUUGGCUUGGGUUACUAUCUAGAAUGACCCUGUUUUCUUCGUCUGAAACCUGAACAUCCCAUAAAUUUGCCCCAAAAUAACCACAACAGCCGUUUCCAAUCAUCUGAGGCCAAGAUACACAUCUUAAUUUUUUGCACAUGAAAUUGACAAACUGAUUUGUUUUGGCAACUGUU